AUGGUUGAAGGAUUGAUAGAUACAGGCCAACAGUCGUCGCUCCGUGCCGCUUUCGGUGCAACUUCUACGGCCACGUUUCCCCAGUUUGCAGUUUCGAGCAAUAUGGAACAGCAGUUUUACGGCAGUUCCAUCGCCGGUCAAAGAAUUUCAGAGAAUGAACAGAAGAUUAUUGCGCAAGCAGAGUUUUAUCUCUCCGAAGAUUACUUGACGAAAAAUGCAUAUCUUCUUAGACAGGUCGCGCGAAAACGAAACGGAUUUUUAUCAGUAAAAUUCAUUUCGUCCUUCAAGCGCAUGCGGGAAUUGACACCAGACUGGGCAACAACUGCAAAGGCACUCAGCAAAUCGAACAAAUUGGAGCUUUCUGCUGAUGGGAUGAAGGUACGAAGACGACAACCGCUGACUGCAUUUAUUUCUUCGAUCAAGGCGAUUCGAUCUGUCCUCAUCACGGCCGAAGAACUAUCCCUUUCGAUGAUCACGAAUCUGCUCAUUCCGUAUGGCGAAAUUGUAUUUAUACAAGUCAUCAAACCUGGAAUGGAGAUCCCGGACAAUAUUCGGCCCUACUGUGCUCGACAUCCCGAACUUGGCUCUCGCCCCGUCGCCGUGGUCAAAUUCGACACAGCUGAGGCGGCGCACCGCUGCUGCCGGGAACUCGAUAGCCAUGAAGAAGACGGGGAGCUUCGCGUGUGUCUUCUGGGCACGAGGAUUCGCUCUUUCGCCCGUCAUCGGCGAAAGAAGGAGAAAAGCUGUUUCGGCGAAGAGUUCGAAAACUCGAAGACUGCCAAGGAUCGCCUUUCGCCCUCCGACGCAUCCGUGGACUCGGCAAUCUCUGACGUUUCAAGUUCCCAAGAAGGAUCACUCAAUAGACAGCCUACUUGCCAACGCGCCGAGUGGAGUCAUCAAUUACCGCGUUACAACACGCUGCAGUCGAACCCCGCCGCCGCCGUCCACCGUCAACAAGUCAGCCCAGCUCAUGUCCCAAUCGAUCGCAUCGCCUUGGCGCAGGCGCAGAUCUACAUGCAAGAAAAGCUUUUGUUCACCGCGCGGUUGCACUAUCAAAAUGCGCUGAUGACGGCGCGCAGCAAAAUGCGAUCUAAUGAGAUGUUUUCUCGAGCUGCUGGAAAUCAAAACCAAGCACCAACAGCAAGCCAAUACGGAGCAGCUACUCCUGGCUACCAAGUUUACCAAAAUUGCCGAAAGAGCAGCGAAAGCGAAUGGUCUCCACCGCCGCCGCCUGGACUCGAAGCGGAGAGCGAAGCGGAACACUCGCUCCAGGCAAAUCAGCAAAUUCAAUCCUGGAUCGGCAAAUUGGCCCUGCAUUGA